AUGGUCUCUGCUGAUUAUCUGGAGUCCAUUGUUCGAGAACUCCUGCCAAUUCCAAUGCCGUGCCGCUCUUUAAUUAAUCGUUCGUCCUUCCUUCAAAUGGGAUUCGAUUCGCUUCUCUUGGCUUCGUUUGAAGCCAGGAUUCAUCGUGAAUUUGGAUGGAAAUAUGGAGCCCUGGAUCUUUCAAUGACAAUAUUGGAUGUGAUCACAAUUAUAAAUAACGGUGACAAUAACGGUUCGAUCAAACAAAAUGAAAGGAAAUGUGGCUACAAUCCAGAAAGUUCGACUAAAGUAAGGUCCCCUUUAAGCUCAGCACAAAAACGGAUACUAAUUGAGACAUUAAAAGACGAUAGAAGACUGUUUGACGAGGAAAUUCGAAUCAAAGUUGAAGAUUUAAAUAUGGAAAAAAUAAAGGAAUCUUGGAGAGUAGUUUGUCAUCGUCAUCCAAUACUAAGAUGUGCUGUAAGCAAAGGAUAUCUGGUUGAGAUGGCUAAAGUCCCUCAAGUUAAAUGGGGAAAUCCAUCUGAUGAACCAAUAUUUGGUGAGAACAAAUCACUGGUCACGAUCUGGGUCAAUGAAAAUUCAGUAAUCCUCCAUUAUCACCAUAUGAUUUUAGAUGGGAAAUCACUGA